AUAAUUGUGAAUUGUUUAUUUUUUACCAAAAAUUACCAACCUUUAGAAUAUUAUUUCAUAAUUCUUCGAAACCGAUCGAAUAAUUAUUAUGGACGGAUCCAAGAUGUCGCAAGACGAGCUCGUAGAUAAAUUGAAACAGCAAGUAGCAUUAGAAAAUAUUGAGCUCUUAUUGACAAAAAUGAGUCGAUUAUGUUUUAAUAAAUGUGUUAUAAAACCAGGAUCAUCACUAGAUAGUUCUGAACAGAAAUGUGUUUCAAUGUGUAUGGACCGUUAUAUGGAAACUGUGAGUCUAGUGUCAAAAUCCUUUGGUGAACGACUAUUGGCUGAAUCACAAAAUAUGCAUUAAAUUAAAUCAAGAUAAAUGAGUGUUACUUGUAGUUAUAGCUUUCUGUCAUGCAUACUAUUAUUAUUUGUUUAUUUACAUUGUAAUUUAUAUUUAAUAACAAAU